UUGAGGAAAGUACUUAGUCACUUCAAAAUGGUGAGAAUCUUGGCAAAUGGGGAGAUUGUUCAAGAUGACGACCCUCGAGUAAGGGCAAGCACGCAACGUAGGGAUAAUAGUCCUCGCCAGGGAUUGUUUAACACGAUUGGAAAUAAUGGACCAGGACCACAGCAAGUUCCACAAGAUGGGGCAAGACAGGAGGGGCGAUCCCCUUUUACUGACUUUAAUCAGCAAUUGGUGAACAUGGGAUUCCCACGCUGGAAUCUUGGAAACCAGCCAGCGAUAACUGCAAACAUGGGAUUCUGGGAAAUGAAACAGGAAGAUAAAUCAGAAGUCUGCAGCUGUGAAUAA